ACCGACUUUGACACUUGAUCGAAUACUCUCUGCAGAGGAGCCUACCCACAAAGUUUGAAACCUUUCAAAAAAAUGUAUCGAAGCGUCUAUGGAAUCGUUCUCCUGCUGGGUGGCAUUUUUCACGGUGUACAAGCGGCACCUAAUCUCCAGCACAAUAUCGAUAGCCGUGCGCAGCCAGACAGAGUUACUCCAACCCACGGCUACUGGUGCGAGAAAGGGAACCUGGUUAUCAUCUCGGGAUCCAUACGAGAUGAGAAGCCAUGUGGUGGAGAUAAUGGUCAGUGUUGCUCGACGAGCCCCGAUCAUACUAAGGGGGAUUGUUUGACUUGUCAUGCGGUUCAUGGCUGUCCCGGGAAUUGUCCAUGAAGAUAUUGAUGGAUUUGAAAGAGGGAAGGGAUGAGGUUGUCAUGGAUUUGAGUUCCAUGUAUGUGAAGAGGUGGUCUCCUUUGCUUCAUCAAAACAGAGAAUCAAUCCGGCUUCUUCGAA